AUGAGGGGCUCGGUCUUCUCUGCAUUCAUCUCGGCCUCAAAUACUGCAUCUCUGCUACGGCGACAGACUGCGCGGACGUUAGGACGGCAACAAGUGGCGAAACGGCAUCUUUCGAGCUGUAGUGCGAGAAACAACGCAGCAAUCAUGGGAAGCAGUGAGGGAUCGAAUGCGUGGGUGGGCGUCAAGGGCGCUGGGUCACUGGAUUUGCGAAGCGAUGUCAUGACAACUCCCACGCCGUCCAUGCUGGCUGCCAUCUCAAGAUGCUCCCUCCGAGACGAUGUCUUCAAUGAGGACCCGACGACGCAGGACUUGGAGGCUCAUGUGGCCAAACUCACAGGCAAAGAGGCUGGUCUGUUUGUUCUCUCGGGCACAAUGGGCAACCAGGUGUCUCUGAGGAGCCUCUUGGUCCAGCCUCCCCACGCGGUGCUGGCUGACCAUCGGUCUCACAUUAUUCUCUACGAGGCUGGAGGCGUAUCGUCUCUGACGGGCGCCACCGUCAAGCCCGUCGUCCCCAAGAACGGCAUCUACCUCACCCUCGAGGACGUCAAGGCCAACGUCGUCAUCAGCGACAACGUCCACGACUGUCCCACUCGCGUCAUCAGCCUCGAAAACACGCUCAACGGCAUGAUCAUGCCCCUGAGCGAGGUCCAGCGCAUCUCCCAGUUCGCCCGCGAGAACGGCAUCAAGAUGCACUGCGACGGCGCGCGUCUCUGGGAGGCCGUCGUGGCCGGCGCGGGCACUCUGAAGGAAUUCUGCGCGCAAUUUGACACGCUGAGCUUGUGCUUCUCCAAGGGCCUGGGCGCGCCCGUGGGAAGCAUCAUUGUGGGAGACAAGAAGACGCUGCAGCACGCGCGGUGGACGCGCAAGGCGAUUGGAGGCGGCAUGAGGCAGCCGGGCUUCAUCACUGCUUGUGCGAGGGUUGCUGUGGACGAGACGUUUGGGACAAAGGACGAUGGCAGCGAUGGCUUGUUGAAGCAGGGUCACGAGACGGCCAAGAAGGUUGAGGCACUGUGGACGGGCUUGGGUGGGAAGCUGGUGCAUCCGGUGCAUACAAACAUGGCCUGGUUGGAUAUAGAGGCGGCUGGAUGCAGUACGGAGAAGUUUACGGAGUUGAGCAAGGCUGAGGGACUGACGGUUGGUGGAGGCCGGCUUGUUACGCAUUAUCAGAUUGCGCAGAAUGGCGAGGAGGUGUUGGCGCGACUGGAGAGGGUGUUUAAGAAGGUGUUCGCAUGA